AUGAAUCCAAUCCUAUUCAGUUGUAUAAUCUUAUUAUUAAUAUAUAUUUAUUACAAUUUCCGUGGUACAAACAUGUCAGAAGAUAAAAAAUUAACCCAAGAGGAGCUCGAUCUGGAAAACUUUAAUCCAGAUAACUUGAUGAUUAACAUGGGUGGGAAACAGGUACCAUUCAGCUCAAUUAACAAGCCCCAUCAUGUAGUAAUUGAUCCAAAGCAACACAAACCUCAAGUUGAUCCAAAUUCGUUUCCAGAUGUCGAACCUGAAGCUAAGGCUAGAGAACAGAAGUUGGAAGAAGAACGUAACAAUUUGAAGGAAAAAAAGGACAGCUAA